AUGGCGUCAAGUGAAACCAGUGAUAAACCUCGUGUUUUUUCUGCUGUAGAACUAGUCGGUGCAGGUGGAUAUGAUAAACUUCGACUUAAACAAGUUCCAUAUCGAGUACCAAAUCCCAAUGAAGUAGUCAUUCAUGUUAAAUUUGCUGGACUCAAUUUCGCCGAUUUAAUGAGACGACAAGGUCUUUACUCACCGGUACCUAAAUAUCCAUAUGUUCCUGGUUUUGAAGCAUCAGGUAUUGUAGAAGAGAUUGGUUCAGAUGUUUCCCAGUUAGCUGUUGGUGAUCGAGUUGUUACAUUUGCUGGUGAUGGUAUGUGGGCUGAUGUUGUAACUGUUCCAAGUGAUCAUUGCUUUAAAAUGCCUGAUGAGAUGUCAUUCGAAGAAGGAGCUGCUUUACUUGUUAAUUAUAUAACUGCUUAUCAGAUUUUAUUUGAAUUUGGAAAUUUACGACCAAAUAAAAGUGUACUUAUACAUAUGGCAGCAGGUGGUGUUGGUAUUGCGGCUAUUCAACUAUGUAAAACAGUUGAAAAUGUAACAGUGUUUGGAACAGCGUCCAGAGCAAAACAUAAUAUUAUCAAAGAAGCAGGAUGUACAUAUCCAAUUGAUUAUCACACACAAGAUUAUGUAACUGAAAUUCGUAAAAUUUCACCUAAUGGUAAAUAA